AUGGUUCUCGUCGUUCAUCACCUCGGCUUGUCUCAGAGCGAGCGCAUCCUCUUUCUCUGCGAAGAACUGGGCAUCCAGUACCAGAUGAUAAAGUACAACCGAGACCCCAUCCUCGCGCCGAUGAGCCUCAAGGGCCACCCAGGAAAUCUCUCCGGCCAAGCGCCGCUCAUCGAAGACCCGGAAACUGGAGUCACUCUAUCUGAGAGCGGCGCGAUUUGCGAGUACAUUCUCGCAAAGUAUGCCAACACCAACGUGCCGAGACUGUCGAAGCAGUACGGCGAGGAGGGAUACGCCGACUACUUGUUCUGGCUGCACUUUGCCAGCGCCUCUUUACAGCCUCUGCUCGUCCGAGCAUUGAGUCUCAACGUGGCGCAGCUCCCUCAAGAUAGCAGCGCGAGCGAAUGGGCGAUCCAGAGUGUGCAACAUACGCUUCAGAUGAUAGAUGAUCGCCUGCGGAACAACAGAUGGCUAGCUGGAGAGGACUUCACGGCCGCAGAUGUCAUGACUGUCUUUUCGCUCACUACGCAACGCUACUUCGGCCCACUGAUCUGGCUUGAGAGAUACCCGCACAUUCUGCGGUACCUGAGGGAUAUCGGGGAAAGGCCAGCAUACCAGCGAGCGAUGCAGAGAGGAGACCCCGAAAUGCAGGUACUACUGGGCUCAGCACCCCCUGAGCAUUCGAUCUUAGCGGUCGGAGGUGUGACGUCUGACAUCUGGAAGAAGAACCGCAAGGGCGAGGCACCCAUGGUAAGGGCAGAUUCUGGGAACAGCACUGGGUAUAUGGCCGACGGGUAUAUGGACGAGGCACAGCAACAUGCGCCAUAG